AUGUUACCCCUCGUCCCAGGCCGGGUGCAGCCAGCGCGCGCUUCUUCCUCAACAAAGAUCCAAACUACUUCUACAACCUCACGUCCUCUUUUUUCUUCUUCCCAUCUUCCACAUCUUCCAUCUCUCUCUCCUUCAAGCUCUUCUUGAUACCACACAACAACCGCCACAAUUCAUCCAUCAUCAUCCACAAUGUCUACCUCCCUCGACCAGCUCAAGGCCACCGGCACCGUCGUUGUCAGCGACUCCGGUGACUUCGCCUCCAUCGCCAAGUACAAGCCCCAGGAUGCCACCACCAACCCCUCCCUCAUCCUCGCCGCCUCCAAGAAGCCCGAGUACGCCAAGCUGAUUGACGAGGCCGUUGCCUACGCCAAGAAGAAGGGCGGUUCCGUCGACGACCAGGUCGACGCUGCCCUCGACUCUCUCCUCGUCGAGUUCGGCAAGGAGAUUCUCAAGGUCGUCCCCGGCAAGGUUUCCACCGAGGUUGACGCCCGCUUCUCCUUCGACACCAAGGCCUCCGUCGACAAGGCUCUGCACAUCAUUGAGCUUUACAAGGAGCAGGGCAUCUCCAAGGACCGUGUCCUGAUUAAGAUCGCCUCCACCUGGGAGGGUAUCAAGGCCGCUGAGAUCCUCCAGCGCGACCACGGCAUCAACACCAACCUGACCCUCAUGUUCUCCAUCACCCAGGCCAUCGCCGCCGCCGAGGCCGGUGCCUACCUUAUCUCCCCCUUCGUCGGCCGCAUCCUCGACUGGUACAAGGCCGCCCACAAGAAGGAGUACACCAAGGAGGAGGACCCCGGUGUCAAGUCCGUCGGUACCAUCUUCAACUACUACAAGAAGUUCGGCUACAACACCAUCGUCAUGGGUGCCUCUUUCCGCAACAUUGGCGAGAUCACUGAGCUUGCUGGCUGCGACUACCUCACCAUCUCCCCCAACCUGCUUGAGGAGCUCCUCAACUCCGACGCUCCCGUCCCCAAGAAGCUGGACGCUGCCGCCGCCGCCAGCCUCAACCUCGAGAAGAAGUCGUACAUCAACGACGAGCCCCUCUUCCGCUUCGACUUCAACGAGGAGCAGAUGGCCGUCGAGAAGCUUCGCGAGGGUAUCUCCAAGUUCGCCGCCGAUGCUGUCACCCUCAAGGACAUCAUCAAGGCCAAGGUCCAGGCAUAAAUCGCUGCUCGCAAUGGGAAUAGGGAAUAAGUGCCUGAUGCGCUUGUGUGGAGGAUAUAUCAUGAUGUGAGAAUGACUUAAUGAGACGGAACAAAAAAACUUUAACAGCCAUUAUAUACAUACAGCACUUUCAAAAGUGAAACGUGGCGCCGUGUGAUGAGAACUCCUUUUUUUUUUUGGAGGGAGGCAAAAAAGUACAAAAGAUAGACUACUUUGGUAGCAACAAUCCAUGCAACUAGUCUCCCAAAAUCAUUGACAACUUUCUAACUAUACGUAUUUAAUUGAUAAACGCUGAGGACAUUAUUGUACUUUACUGUGGUGAUAGGUACAGGUUCUCUCCGUCCGGUUCGUGUUGACUGGGGUGUGUUGGUACAAUGAUGUGUCCAAAUCGUCGCACGACUGUUGGCGGGAGGUAGAGGUAUGUGCGUAUGUGUGUGUGUGUGUGUGUGUGUGUGUGUCCGUAUCACAGAGACGAUGGUCACUUCGUCGGCCCAUCCUGUUAUCUUUGCCGGCUUCCGCUCGCCAUGUUUUGGUUCUCCCGAAAAGCCGAACACGAGUAGCUGUUUCUCCAUGUUACCCUUGGACUUGUUCAACAUUCUCUUCUUUCUUUUCGCUUCAGGUGCUUCUACGAUUUUA